AUGACUACAACACAAACAGAAACACCAGCAGUGGUGCUGGAGAAACAAACCACACAAAUCGACCAAAAUGGCAAAGUCGUCUUCAAACCCUCAAGGGAGUUCCUCCUCGCCUUCGGCGCCCUUUGCUCCGUCGCACUAGCCGUCGCCUUUGACGCAACAACCCUCUCCGUCGCCCUCCCGACAAUGAGCGUCGCCCUCGGCGGAACCGCCCUCGAAGCCUUCUGGUCCGGCACGAGUUUCCUCCUGGCAAGCGCCGUCCUACAGCCCACUGUCGCCGGGCUGAGUAGCAUUUUUGGGCGGAAAGCCCUCGUCUACGUCUCGGCCGCCUUCUUCGCCGCGGGCUCCAUCGUCGGCGCCGUCGCCAACAACUUCCACGUCGUCAUCGCGGGGCGGACCAUCCAGGGCGUGGGCGGCGGCGGGAUCCUCGCCCUCACCGAGGUCAUCAUCACGGACCUCGUCCCGCUCGCGGUGCGGGGCCAGUGGUUCUCGCUGCUGUCGGUCGUCUGGUCGGUCGGUACCGUCACGGGGCCCCUGAUCGGUGCCGGAUUCGCGCAGAAUAUUUCCUGGCGGUGGAUAUUUUGGAUCAACCUCCCCAUCAUUGCCAUCGGCAUGGUCAUGAUUUUCUUCUUCCUCAAGCAAGCUAAGGUGCCGGGCCAGAUAGGAACCAAGCUCAAGAGGGUCGACUGGCUCGGGAGCUUCCUGUUCACGGCGGGUUCGACGAGUUUCCUGUUUGGUAUCUCGACAGGUGGUGUCAUGUACGAGUGGACUUCCUUCCGGUGUCUGCUGCCGAUGAUCAUAGGUGUCUUCAUUCUUGUGGCCUUCGGGAUCUGGGAGCUCAAGUUUGCGCAGGAGCCCAUGAUUGACAAGGGUAUCUUCAGCAACUGGACCAUGGUCGCCAACUACAUUAUGACUGUCUUCCAUGGCAUGAUUCUCUGGUCGAUUCUCUACUUCCUUGUCCUGUACUACCAAGCCGUCAAGGAUUACUCCGUUGUCAUCUCCGCCGUCGGUGCCCUCCCAGAAAGUCUUACAGUCGCACCCUCCGCCAUGGCCGUCGGCCUCAUCGCCGGCGUCACAGGCCGGUACCGCUGGUCUCUCUGGGCCGGCUGGGCGCUGACGACCCUCGGCGCAGGCCUCAUGUGUCUCAUGCGGCCCGGCACCAGCGUCCCCGCCUGGAUCUGGCUCAACAUCCCCAUCGGCAUCGGCACGGGCAUGCUCUUCCCCGCCAUGGCGCUCUCGAUCCAAGCCGCCUGCGAACCCGCCCUCAACGGGCAAGCCGCCGCCUUUUACUCGUUCCUGCGCACGUUUGGGCAAUCCGUCGGCGUCGCCGUCUCGGGCGUCAUCUUCCAGAACGCGUUUCGGAAUAGGUUGCUCGAUAUCCCCUCGCUGGCGGACGUUGCUGAGGAGUACUCGCGUGACGCGACAAUUGUAGUGGAGGUGAUUAAGCGAAUGCCAAAGAGCGACCCUACGAGGACGGAGCUGGUGGAGGCGUAUUGCGAUGCGCUGCGGGCGAUUUGGAUCAGCUUGAUUGCGUUUGCUGGGUUCUGCGUGCUCAUCAGCGUGACGGUGAAGAAAUACAGCUUGGACCAGGAGCAUGUGACGCAGCAAGGGCUGGUCACGAGCGACGACACAAGUAAGGAAGAUGAGGAGAGCCAGGGAGGGGAUCUGGAAAGGGGGCAGAAGGUGAGAUCUUGA